AAUAUUUUACGGAAGCGGAACCGAAAAUACGCCAUAUUUCUCAUCGGUCACCGAUUCUUUAAAGUUUCUAUCUUAUAUUGGGAAAAAUAUUAUCAGAAUGGCAACUUUAAGGGUUAGUUUUUCUUUAUAUUAAAACAUUUUUUGUAAAUUCUCCAAGGGAUUCUUCCUAUUUUUUUCAUAUUGCCUAUAUAGUUUGUCGACCUUCCUAAAGGUUAUCUGUUCCUUGAGAGAUCAUUUCUUUUAAAUUGUGAAAGAGUAGCGUCAAAACAAAUAUUAUCUAUUCUAAAUUAAUUUAUUAAAAAUUAUUAAUCAAGUAUAGAAUACGAUUAUUCGAUAGUUUAUAUAUUAUAAAAGAUCUUUAAUAUAUUUUCAAAAAAUGCAGACCGCUCUACGCACGUUUUCCACAACUAUUAAAAGGAGCGGAGAUUUACGCCAACCAAUUGCUACAGCUAAGGGUGUUGUACCAAGUGCUCCCGGAUACCAACGUAUCCAACAACUUCAAACUGAAUGGGCGUCGUCACCUGGUCUCGUUUGGCAAAAACGUGGCGGAGUUGACAAAUUGUCGUAUUACGCUAUAUUGAUUGUGUCAACAGUUGGCGUGGGCUACGGCAUCCUCAAUUUGUACAAGAUGACAUUUCCACCUGCUCCAGCCGAAUGA